AUGGGGAAUAACCUGAGUGUGCCAGAGGAAGCUGAGGAUGACAACACCUGCACAGUGAAGAGUUACCAGCCUCUCUCCGAGUCUCCUGACGGUGUCACAAAUGGAUCUGUGGUGUUUGUUCAGACCCCUCCCCUGGCGGUGAAUGGUGAAGCGGAUGCCAGGGUGCCUGCAGGCCGGGAUAACGUUCCCGUUUCUUCGGCGGAGCUGGGCCCCGGUGCCCGGGCGGGCGGGCAGAGCGGCGGGAGCGCUGCCAGGAGGGCCCUGCCAGCUGCCAGGCCCCGCUCCCUGCUGGCCUUCCCCUGGGCCGUGCCAGCGCGUUCCGAGGAGCCGGCGGCGGCUGCAGCCCCCGGAGAGGCCACCCUUGAUGCCACCGGGCUGAACAAAGGCCCGAGUGAGGGCACGGAGGGGCCCAGGGCAGCUGCGCCGCAGGAGGGCGGCCAUAAAAACCCGGGCCAGGCCCCGCUGCAGGACGUGGAGCUCGCGGGGACACCUGAGGGACACGAUGUGGCCGCCCCAAAGGACAAACAAGUGACGCUCUUGGACAGGAUCUUCAGGCUGGAGAAGGGCAAGGGAAGGACACGAGGGGACCCUGAGGAGGGAAGGCAGGGGCUGGACGUUCCCAACGGGAGCAUCGCGGCCAGCGUGCCCCACGGGGAACCACUACGUGAGGAGAUAGAUGAGUGCAGCCAAGAGGAGCUCGGGCAGGACUCUGCAGGUGAGCGGGGCCCGGCUGCUGCAGCACCUGGGAGGGCACGGGCACAGCAGGACAGUCCCCAGGCGGCUGCAGGACAGGGCUCAGUCAUGAGCUUCCUCAAAACACUGGUCUCCCCAAGCAAAGCUGAAGCCAAAAGUGAUUCUGAAGACAAGGGCUCCAAGGCGGAGAAGGGCCCUGGGGGACAGCCUGGCCCGAAGGCAGCAGCAGAAUCCCCCUCCAAAGGAGCCAAGAAAAAGAAGGCACAGAGCCCCAAGCUGGGCCACAGCACCUUUAGCAAACUCUUUAGGCACAAGGCUGCGAAAGAAACCCAGCAGACAACCAACACCAAAAGCCCUGAGCAGCCUCCUGUGACCUGUGUCAAAGCAGACAGAAAUGUCCCUCCCUCCCAAGAGGCGCCGGCCAAGCAGAACCCGAAGGCGCCGGAGGCCGCGGCCCCUCCGCAGGCAGUGAGCACCGAUCCCCCCCGGGAGGGCACCAAGGACAAGGGCUCGGCCACUCCUCUGCCCCUCAGCAAGCUCUUCUGGAAAAAGAACUCCUCGGAAGAAGCAGAGGCCGUGAGCAGUGAGAAGGCAGAGGUGGCUCUCGAGGCCGUGGCUCCCGACAGGGACGAGAGCAAGAGCACGGAAAGCACCGAGGUGAAACCGCGAGGGGCGGAGAGCAAAACGCCCAAGGCAAACCUGAGGAAGUUCUUUAAGCUGUCAGUCAGGGGGGAUGGAGGGACCCCCUGCUCCGAAGAGGGAGAUGGUCCCAGCCCCAGACACCACGGCUGGUUUGAUCCCGCAGUCUUUGCUCACGGAAUUCCAUCAGCCCCUGAGCCAACACUGCAGGAGUUCAUCCCAGCCUCUGGAAAUGCAAACCUGCUGGGCAGCGGGACUCCUCCACCCCUGCAGACUUUAAACGCCACGGAGAAGCCUCCUGCCCCAUCUGAGAGCGACCCUGGGGGCCCAAGGAGCAAAGAGGGCUCCAAAGACAAGAAGUCCACGGUGGAGCUGGGCAAGCAGAAGGGCAGGGAGCAGCCAGAGCCCCGGGAGCAGCCAGCAGCUGACCCUGACUCCAUCCACAACGGCGGGGACGCCAAGGAGCCCUCCUACAAGAAGACAGAGAAGAGGCAGUCCCUGGGAGGGUUUUUUAAAGGCCUUGGCUCCAAAAGGAUGUCGGAUGCAGAAGUGCAGACAGAUCCCGUGUCCAUCCUCCCUGCUGGGAAAUCCAAGUAGUGCCAGCUGCUGGAGGGAGGCUCAGCAGCUCUCUGGAGCUCCAGAAAUGACUCCUUUCUGGCAGCAGAAAUGACUCCUUUUCCUUCCCACGGCUGUCACAAACACCUGAGGCUGAAGCAAAAAAAGCUGAACACCGGGUACCACUGCAGGUUGUCAUGGCAGGGUUUGUCAUUUUUCAGGUUGUCUUUGCAGGGUUUGUCAUUUUUCAGGUUGUCUUUGCAGGGUUUGUCACUUUUUCAGGUUGUCUUUGCAGGGUUUGUCAUGUUGCAGGUUGUCUCUGCAGGGUUUGUUCCUCACCUGUAGAAAGCAGCUCUGCAGAUCCCAUGAAAUGUGUUUAAGGUAAGGUGCUAUGGAUGGUUUGAAGUGUGCAGAGGGGAGGGUGAGUCAGGUACA